CGGGAGGUGGAGAUCCUCAUGUUCCUCAGCGCCAUCGUGAUGAUGAAGAACAGACGCUCCAUCACUGUGGAGCAGCACAUCGGGAACAUCUUUAUGUUCAGCAAAGUGGCAAACGCCAUCCUCUUCUUCCGCCUCGACAUCCGCAUGGGCCUGCUCUACCUCACGCUCUGCAUAGUGUUCCUGAUGACCUGCAAGCCCCCCCUCUACAUGGGCCCAGAGUACAUAAAGUACUUCAGUGACAAGACCAUCGAUGAGGAGCUGGAACGGGACAAGCGGGUGACCUGGAUCGUCGAGUUCUUCGCCAACUGGUCCAGUGAGUGCCAGUCCUUCGCCCCCAUCUUUGCCGACCUCUCCCUCAAGUACAACUGCUCGGGGCUGCACUUUGGGAAGGUGGACGUCGGCCGGUACACGGACGUCAGCACCAGGUACAAGGUCAGCACCUCGCCCCUCACCAAGCAGCUGCCCACCCUCAUCCUCUUCCAGGGCGGGACAGAGACCAUGCGCCGGCCGCAGAUCGACAAGAAGGGCCGGGCUGUGUCCUGGACCUUCUCUGAGGAGAACGUGAUCCGGGAGUUCAACCUCAACGAGCUCUACCAGAAGGCCAAGAAGCAGUCGAAGCCACGGGAGGAGGGGCCGGAGGAGCCCCUCGGGGUGCAGGCUGCUGCCGGGCAGCCGAGCGGGGAGACCAAAAAGGAGAAGUAG